CACUUGGCACAAAUUUUCCAGAAAAGGAAGCUUAUUUGUUUGUUUCCAAGGGAGCUUGCUUGUUUAUUUGCUCGUUCAUCCUUCCAGUUUGUAUACUGCUCAUCUGACUAGCCAGGCCACUCUGGGUGGCUCACAACAAAAUGUAGAACAAUAUCACAUUAAAUAAAAAACACAGAAGCGUAAUUACAAUGUAGAAAAUCCAAUAACCAUAUAAACCAAUUAAACAAAAAAACUAUGUAAAAUCAAUUAAUAAUUAAAAAAAAAACACCUCCUGUUAAUAACACUUUUUUGCUUGUAGGGAGGUGCCUACAGACUCUAUGCUGUUUGCCAGGUGCUUGUCUAGACACCAUGGAGGGUGAAGGGAAGGGGCCAAGGGACAUUGGUGGGGCUGGAUGUUGGCUUGUUUUUUAAGCUGGUCAAGAAACCAGCGGCCCUUUAUCCUCAUCCAGUGGGACAUAGAAGUAAGCUUAAGGUAGGGCACAGUUUUCAUGCAGUUACCCGUUAUUUCUAAUCAACGUUGUUAUCGAAGUUCUCGACUAAUAAUACAGUUAUUUUAAAUUGUUUGUGUUUAGGCUGUACAACAGAACUGCAGUUCUUGUAUCUGUUAAGCUCAUUAUAAAUUGUAGCUAUAAUAAUGGACUAAAGGCUUGUAAAUGUUUGGGUAUCUGUCUCAGGGAAAGCGAGCCUUUCGGUUUUGUUUUUCCUGGCCCUGGCAUCCCUUGGCAGAGUGACUGACUGGUGGGCUGCAAGGGACCUUAAGUCUGAGAGGCCUGACCUCUAGGGAGGCAGGGGGUUGGCCUUUGAAGGCGAACAACACAUGGAAAGCACUGAGCUUUUUCAGUUCAACUUCUGCUGCUGCCCCAAACUCUGGGUACCAGCCCUGAACCAGGGAUGCUGGGUUGGCGUGGAGUGCCAUGGAUGCAUGCCGGGGGGGGGGCGCAGAAUAAAGGUGCCAGCAGCCUAAUACUGGAGAAACCGUCACCACCCACUAUCCGGAUGGCCUUUUGUGAGCGGUCCUUCCACAGGAAGCACAGCGUAGGCGUUCGGCUGCCCUGCCAUUUCCCGGGGCCCCUUCUCCCUGGAGCAGCUCUGGCCCACGUGGACACCGACGGCUCCCUGGUCCCUCCCACUCGGCUUCUGCCAGGGGAAGUGGAAGAGGUUUCCACUUCCCUGCCGAACAGCCAGGAUGGGUUUCUCGUCCAUCCGUCUCCUCCACAAAUGCCUGGGUUGGGUUAGUUUGGUUUGGUUUUGGUUCGGCUUUAACUCCUUGGUGGCAUAGAUGUAGAUAUGACAUUUUCAGUUCUGUUCUUGUUUCUCCUCCUUGUAUUCACCAAGUCUUUUCUGCACUCCAGGUUGUUAGGAAGGCCUCCCUCCCCCUUGAGGUUAAAAAACCUGGGGCUCCAAGAGGGUUAACCCUCACCUUGGGGGCUAGACAUUAAUUUAAAAUGGCGACCGAUCUGUCAGAAGCUGAUCCCGCAGGCCCUAAGGCGCUUCCCCUCUUAACGGGAGCUCCCCUGGACAAGUGGAGUGAGACCACUGAAGACGGCACCAUGCCAAUCCGCCGAGCUGUGAAUUCGUCCACCCGAGAAACUCCUCCAAAAAGCAAACCUGUGGAAGGCGAGGAGGCCAAGCCGGAUCCCGACAUCAGCUCAGAAGAAUCCGCUUCUACCGUGGAGGAGCAGGAGAAUGAGACGCCUCCCCCAGCCCCACCUGAGACGGAGCCCCCCAAGGAGGUGGAGGCCGAGGAGAAGGGGGAGGCCAAGCCUGCCGAAGAAGCCAAAAAGGAUGAGAAGGACCCGGCUGCCAAAGAGAAGGAGAAGAAGGUCAAGAAGACCAUUCCGGCCUGGGCCACCCUUUCCGCCAGCCAGCUGGCCAGGGCUCAGAAGCAGACCCACAUGGCCGCUUCCUCCCGCCCCAAGAUGGAUGCCAUUUUGAUCGAGGCCAUCAAGGCUUGCUACCAGAAGGGCGGGGCCUCCGUGGUCGCCAUCCGGAAGUACAUCAUCAACAAGUAUCCUUCCCUGGAGCUGGAGCGAAGGGGCUUCCUCCUGAAACAGGCCCUCAAGCGGGAGCUGGAGCGAGGAGUCAUUCGGCAGGUGAAAGGAAAAGGAGCCUCGGGGAGCUUUGUGGUGGCCCCAAACUCAGGGAAAACAGCCUCCAAAUCACGGGAUCGGAAGAGGAGUUCUUCGGCCUCCGGCCCGGAGCAGCAGAUGAAGCUGGAAGACAUCCUCCCGUUGGCCUUCACCCGCCUUUGUGAGCCGAAGGAAGCCUCAUACAGUCUGAUCAAAAAAUAUGUCUCCCAGUAUUACCCCAAGCUGAAAGUGGACAUCAGACCCCAGCUGCUGAAGAAUGCCUUGCAGAGAGCAGUGGAGAAGGGCCAGCUGGAGCAGAUCACAGGCAAAGGAGCUUCCGGGACAUUUCAGUUGAAGAAAUCUGGGGAGAAACCUCUGCUGGGUGGGAGCCUGAUGGAAGAUGCCAUCCUCUCUGCCAUUGCGGCCAUGAAUGAGCCCAAGACCUGUUCCACCACCGCCCUGAAAAAAUACGUCUUGGAGAAGCAUCCGGGCACAAAUUCCAGCUUCCAGGUCCACCUUCUGAAGAGGACUCUGCAGAAAUGUGAGAAGUACGGAUGGAUGGAGCAGAUUUCUGGGAAGGGCUUCAGCGGCACCUUCCAGCUGUGCUUCCCCUACUAUCCCAGCCCAAGCGUCCUGUUCCCAGAGAAACAAAAAGCACAAGAAGACGAGGAAGACGAGGAAGACUCAGAGAAAGAGGAGUCGGAAGAGGAGGAGGAGGAGGAAGACUCUGAGGAAGAAGAGCCGCCCCCAAAGAAAAGGGUGCAGAAACGGCCCCCUCCGAAAGCACGGAGCAGGGCCUCUGCCCUGGUGAAGCGCCGGGAGGCCAAGCCCAAACCCCGCAAGGCCCCCAAGGCCCAUCGGGGGAAAGCCAAGCCCCCACCGAAGGCCAAAGCUACCCCGGCCAAGAAAGCCAAGCCAGCCCCCCCACGGGUGGCAGCCAAGAACCUCUCGGGCAACGGCCCUGCCCCGAAGAAGCCAGCCGUGAACGCCAAGAAAGACCUGAAGCCCUCAGCCAAGGGCAAGAAGGGCAAGCCUUCCGUCCGGAAGUCUCUGCGGAUGAAGAAGAAGUAGGCCAUCCGGAGUGGCAGACGGCAGCGCCCGAGAGGAGCCCCCUGCGCUUGUCUCAUCCCUACACCCCCUCCCUGUGGUAUCUCAGCUCUGAGGCUUCAACACCCCUCUCUCUCUCUCUCUCUCUGCCUGCAGCACUGAGGUAGGGAACCGGAAAAAUCAAAGUGACCCCUACCAGCCGAGCAUUUUGCUUCUGCCUGGUUUUGGGUCCCUGGGCCUCUUCUGUCCUUUCACACACACACAUACAGUUAUCUAUCUUUCUCUCUUUUUCCUCUUCCUUCCAUUUCACCUUCUCCCUUUCCCCCUGUAAAAAAAAAAAUCACCAGUAACAUAGGACUGUUCUUUAAGAGGGGAAAAAUGAAAACUGUACAGGGUGCAUCUGGGAAUUUUGGCUUUUAAAACUGGUUGCAGAGAUUUUUAUAUUUUUUGAACAUGGAAAUGGAUCCCCAGGAAGAUAGAAACUGCUCUGUUAAAACACCUUCUCCGCCCUCCUCCUUUCUCUUGCCGGUGGGAUGCCUUGCAUCAGUCUUGCAGGCCAGCAAGUCACCCCACCCCACGGGCAAGCUGGCCUUCUCAGAGAAAAGCAGAUGCCAGACGAACGGGAGUGGGACCUGGGGGUGAGGUUCCUGCUGAUGCCUUCUUCAUUCCCUUCAUUAUAGUGUUCUGUUGUUUUAGCGUAGCUGUCUCCCCACAUUUGGUUUCUGAGACCUCCCCCAAAACCAAGCUUAUGUACAAGUCUUCUUGAACCCCCAGCUUUUGAAACUUGUUAUUUUAAAAGAAAAGAUAAUAAUUAAGUUUUCGUCUCCCCUUUUUUAAAAAAAAAAUCAAACAAAACCAAUGUGAAAGGAUGAUCUAAUUGCUAAUGUAGAAUGAAUAAAUGAUGAAUUUGCUGUUUGCUAAAAUAAAAGCUAGACUGAUGCCUGU